GUCAAUAAACCACCAGACCCCAAUGUCAAUAAACCACCAGCCCAAAAUGUCAAUAAACUACCAGGCCCCAAUGUCAAUAAACCACCAGGCCCCAAUGUCAAUAAACCACCAGGGCCCAAUGUCAAUAAACCAUCAGGCCCCAAUGUCAAUAAACCACCAGGCCCCAAUGUCAAUAAACCACCAGGGCCCAAUGUCAAUAAACCAUCAGGCCCCAAUGUCAAUAAACCACCAGGGCCCAAUGUCAAUAAACCACCAGGCCCAUUGUCAAUAAACUACCAAGCCCCAAUGGCAAUAAACCACCAGUUCCAAAUGGAUAUAAACCACCAGGGCCCAAUGGCAAUAAACUACCAGGCCCCAAUGUCAAUAAACAACCAGGCCCCAAUGUCAAUAAACAACCAGGCCCCAAUGGCAAUAAACCACCAGGCCCCAAUGUCAAUAAACCACCAGGCCCCAAUGUCAAUAAACAACCAGGCCCCAAUGUCAAUAAAUCACCAGGUCCCAUAG